AUGACUUAUUUAGCUACUUCUUUGAUUCAUGCAGAUGAUAAGGACAAUCGUGUUAGUGAUGUGGCCCCUCCCAUUAAUGUGGCAACUACUUUCCGUUACGAUAAUUCUAAUUUAGAAAUCUGUGACGAAAGUGAAUGCAUCGAAGAAAUGGAUAGAAAUCCUGUCUAUUCUCGUUGUGGUCAUCCAAAUGCAACAAGAGUUGAAAGCGUAUUAUCUAAAGUUUUAGAUGGUUAUGCCGUGGUUUAUAGCACCGGUGUUUCUUCCUUCUAUGCUGCUAUGGUUCACUUCAAUCCAAAGAGAUUAUUUAUUGGUGAAAGUUAUCACGGUGUUCGUGCAAUUGCUGAUAUCAUGACUAGAAACUAUGGUCUUGAACAGCACAAAUUGGAAGACAUUGAAAAGUUUGCUCAACCAGGUGAUUUAAUCCAUAUUGAAUCACCAGUUAACCCAUAUGGUGUUUCGGUAAACAUUCAAGAAUAUGCUGAUAAAGCACAUGCUAAAGGUGCUACAUUGAUUGUAGAUGCUACUUUUGCACCACCACCUUUACAAGAUACAUGGAAAUUUGGUGCUGAUAUUAUUAUGUAUUCUGCUACUAAAUAUUUCGGUGGCCAUUCUGAUUUGCUAGCUGGUGUUCUUGUUACUAAAGAUCACACUGUUUACAACAAAUUGAAAGUUGAUAGAAUGUACCUUGGUACAAUCAUUGGUAAUUUGGAAUCUUUCCUAUUAUUAAGAUCUUUAAGAACUUACGAGAUGAGAAUUUCGAAGCAAUCUGAAAAUGCAACUAAGAUUGUUAAUUUCUUAAAGGAUAAUAUGGAAAAAUACAAGAACGUUUUGAAACAUGUCUAUCAUUCAUCUUUACAAAAGGAAAAUUUUGUUAAAGAACAAGCUACUGGUGGUCAUACACCUGUAUUUUCUAUCACACUACAAAAUGUGGAACAAGCCAAACAUUUUCCAAGUAAAUUGAAACUUUUCCAACACGCUACUUCAUUAGGUGGUGUUGAAUCAUUGGUCGAAUGGAGGGCUUUAAGUGACCCUGAAAUCGAUCAAACUUUAUUAAGAUUUUCCAUUGGUUGUGAAAAUGCAGAUGAUUUAAUUGAAGACUUGAAGCAAGGAUUUGAAAAGACUUUGGCUUAA